AUGGCGAUCUGUGAGCAGGAGGUGAGUCAGCUGUUCCGGAGGCAGAAGACCAGGAAAGCGCCAGGCCCAGACAGCGUGUCGCCCUCCUGCCUGAAGACCUGCGCUGAUCAGCUGGCCCCCAUCUACACACAGAUCUUCAAUAGAUCACUGGAGCUGUGUGAAGUCCCUCAUUGCUUCAAGCGCUCCAUUAUCAUUCCAGUCCCUAAGAAACCCACUAUCAAGGGACUAAAUGACUACAGGCCUGUUGCUUUGUCAUCUGUGGUCAUGAAGUCCUUUGAGAGACUAGUGUUGGCUCAGCUGAAGGACAUCACAGGCCCCCUGCUGGACCCCUGCAGUUUGCUUAUUGGGGAAGGCCACCCAACUCCCGCGCUCAGCCCGAGACGAAAGCCCGGCUCUACCUAUCAGUCAUCGGCGAGGGUGCGGCGCGCAUUGGGCGUGAGGAGCCGGGGGCGGGGCCUAGGGCAACACGCUGGCAUUUCGCGCUCGCGGAGGGGCGAGGCUCGCAUGGCGCUGGGCAGGUGGUGCCGAGGGAGCGGGCCUUCGAAUGAAAAUCAGGAAAUUGUACCAAUGGAGCAUGCAGCCAAACUAGAAAAAAUUAAGCGAUCUAUCUACUACCAAAUGAUAAUAAUUGACAAUUAUCAAAAGGCCGUUGCCACUGGUGUGGUACAGCUGUUGGAAUGGGGCAGAGUGAAUAUUCAGGAUAUUCCCAUAAUUGAUGAAGAUUUUUGUGAAAAUUAUGAAUCUCUCCAUGAUCAACUAAUUCAACUGCACAGGUCAAGCAAGGAAUUGUACAAAAUGCUGCAAAAAAUCAAAGCAGGUGUUAAGUUUCAACUAGGAAUGGUCAGGAAUGGGUCUCAGAUGCCAAAGGAUGAACUUCUAUCUAAUAGAGAUCUUUCAUCUGUUUCUGAAAAUUACCUUGAUGGUGUUAAAUCUAUUCGAGCUACAAGUCUCAUGAAAAUGAUGAGCCUGUAUGCUGGGGAAGGAUUCAGCAGCUGUAAUACAGAGCAUGAUCUAUCCGGAAGGAACGUUUCCCAGUUAAAUAGUCCUUGUGAUGUUAGUAUCACAUCAAAAUGUAACCCGUACAAAUUACAAGAGGAUCUAUUAAUGAAACUUGCCAGUGAUUGCUGCCCUUUUCCCAAAAGUCAGCCAUUACAAGCUGAUCAGUCUGUAGAAAUUUUAUCAUCAGAUGUAUACAGUGACACUGGAAUUACAAAAGUAGAUGAUAACUUCACUUCUGAAGACACUAGGUUCAGUCAGGUAGAAGUGUGGAAAGAAGAUACACGUAGGUUCACUAGCAAAUGUGAGUCAUCAAAUAGAAAGCAAAUAUAUGUGGCUCAGUCAAAAAAUGAAGUUUGGGACAUCUUUGAAUUGACCUCAUCAGGCACAAAUACAACUGGUUUUGCAGAGUCUGAUGAGAGAAGGAUUUGUGGUGGUCAAGUUUUGGUUUCAAUGCUAGAUGCCACUUCCUCUCCGAAUCUUUUGAGUAAGGCUGAUAUUUCACAGCAGUUGAAUUCAUUUGACCAAAUGUCAGCCACAAAAAACAAGAUAUUGUCUCCUCAGCAAUAUGUAAGUCCUUACAGAAGUGUGCCACCUCCAAAUGAUGGUCAGCUUCCAUAUCCACGUAUUGAAAGUCAAAGAGAAUUACCAAUAGCUAGAAAAAUUCAUGAGUUCCAAUAUCUGCGAUGGCAAGAGAUAGAAGUUAGGGUCAGUUAUGUAAUUGACCCUCAUCAUUUUUAUAUACAGCACAAUGGUCAGGAGCUACGGGAAUUGAUGAAGGAAUUAAACUUUGAAUGUUCUAGGAGUUCUGCUACAAUGGACUGUGUCCCUUUAAUAAGUUCCUAUGUAUGUGCCUGGCUCCCCAAUAACCAACAGUGGUACAGAGCUUGUGUUAUCAGGAUUGAGAGAUCUGGAGCAACAAUCACAAAUGAUGAGCAUCAGAACAUUUCAGUGAAAGUACUUUGUGUAGAUUAUGGAUUAUCUGCUUCUCUUUCAAUUAGCCAUUUAAAAGUUUUACCUGCAACAUUCUAUGCCCUUCCUCAGCAAGCAUUACGUGUGUCAUUAGCAAAUAUUGCUCCAGCACAUGAUCAUACCUGGUCCCAAUCAGAGAUCAGCUAUUUCAAGAAGCUUGUGAAAAACAAAACCUUCUUUGCAAGACUUUACCAGAGAUGCAACAUCAUGACAGUGGUGCUCUUCAGUGAAAGGGGGAAUAUUGGGAUCAUGAGAAGAGGAUUUAGUCUUUCCCAAAAGAUGGCAGCAGCUAGCUGUGCAAGAUACUUGGAAAGUAAUUGGAAUGUUCCUAGACUGAAGAACCAAUGAAAUGGUAUCUACUGAGGUGUUGUUCCGGUAGGCAAACUGGGGCAGAUCCAAGUUGCUUGUAAGGCAGGAGCUAAUGCACUUCAUCAACCUCAAGAUACUUCAUCACUGUGGAUGUAAGUGCAAUUGGGCCAUAGUCGUUGAGUCACCAUGCUUUUCUUGGGUGCCGGUCUGAUUGAAGCUUCCUUGAAGCAGGUGAGUACUAAACACUGCCAAAGCGAGUGGUUGAAUGCACCAGCCAGUUGGUCAGCACAGGUCUUCAGGACAUGGCCAAGUACCCCAUCUGGUUUCUCCAUGUUCUGAUGGUCAAAAUGAGCAUAGAAGGCAUUAAAUUAAUCUGG